GAAAAAUAGAGCAAAUAUACAUUCACUAGUUUUUUUUUUACCAUGCCACUCGAUGUGAUAACUACGGAUCAGUUGAAGUACCAUCGUCUGGUGGCCAACAAGGAUGGCGCGUCGAAGGAUCGUUGGCAAAAGGCUUUCAGCUGGUAUGCGGGCAGGCAGAACAUCGACUUUAAUCGUGUGGCUCAGAUUUACUGCGAUAGCUAUCAUCGGUAUGGCGAGGAGGCAUUCAUGAAAUAUGCUCGUCGUCGACGGCUGAAUGGGAAACAUUGCUUCAGCAAUGCGGAGGCACUCAAGGCGAGUGAUAAAGAGAGUAUAGAUGUGGUGAACAGUGGUGCAAAAGUGCCACCUACUGAGAACGGAGAAUAUGGACGAUUUAAGCCCACACGAAGACACUAUUGCUAAUGACCAAUUUGGAAUAUCAAAUUUAUAACUAAAAGUAAAAUAAUUAUAACUACAUUAAAAUUGUAUUAGAGUGAAAUUCCAUGUGG